AUAAACCUAAAAAUAAUUUUCUGGAUAAUGUAAGUUUCAAAUAUUUUCUAAUCGAAAAAAAUAUAUGUAUCUGUGUGUGUGUUUUUGUUGUUCGACACUUCAUGAAACAAAACUCCACAGUGAUCUCAAACACUCUCAGAGAGUACUGGUAUCGUGCUCGAACUCUGCAAGACGAUAAGUGUAAACUCUGAAAUCGUUCAAAAAGCGGAGCAACCCGACAAUUACGAGAUUAUUCAAAAGGAGAUUACAAUAGGUAUUUUCCUUUGUCGUUUUGGGUGUUUCCUUCAAUGCUACAAUCAUAUUUGCUUCCUUCUCCACAAAAGCGUUCGAAUAAUAUUUUUUUAAUACUUGCGACGGAUCUGUCGCCCGAAACAAACAUUUUCGUGACUCUUUCAGUGCAAAUAGUAAGAUCUUACAGAACGUGGCCAACGAUUCUGACAUCUUGCAAAGAAAAUCGGCCGCAAAAUUCGGGGGACGACAGGUCCUGAGGCGGUUGGAAAAUCAUCUGGCCGGUUACGAAGAGUGAAGCCUUCAGAAGGAGGCGAAAAGAACACGGAAGAAAAAGGGUGAAGGAACAAGCGUGUCCAAGGUUCAGACGGUGGACCGAACUGUGCCGGUGAAAUAAGCCCGGAACUGUGGCAAAUGAAUAUUCCAUUUUCGCUAAUGAAUAUCCAAGUUCGUUGGAUGGAUGUGCGCGUUGUAUAAUGCAUAACCGUAGAACAACCAUAUCCGCACACGAUGAAGCAAGUCAGCUCAUCCAGAACUGAGGCACCGCGAUUCCGACCCGGCUUUGCCAGCAGCGCUACGAGAAGUCCGAAGCUUCUUCCGAAGAAGCCGAGGAGCUGACGUCCCCUCCAGCUGCGCUCCUCCAGAUAAUGUGGUGCCCAAACCAUCGCCCACAGCAAUGCGCCUUUGGCUGUGACGUGUUCCACUGAGAGUAUGUCGAGCUGGUUUUGAAUUUCGAAGCGGCAGUCUUUCAGUGAAAAAGCCAUGGCUCUUAAUUGCAAUGUGGAUGAUGGGCAAAUGUAUCGAGCACGAAAACGAUCUGCGAGUAUGAACCGUGGCGUAGAUUCUGAUGGCUGCACUGCGAUUGUGCAGAUUGCCAGUGUAGAGGGGGUCGUCGUGGUUCGGAGCUGGUCGAGCUGACGAAGCGAACAUCUAUCUACAGCUGCGCAAUUCAAUGUCAGGAAUUUGAGCUGGCUGAGUGUCGAGUUCAGUAAUUUCGAUCCGAGCCAUGGAGGUUUGGAAUUAGAACGAAUUGAUAAACACAAUGGAGGCCAUGACAACAAUUCGCCACUCACAGAUUUUAGUGUGUACAGAAUACCCCAGGGAUAAAAUACGUUUGUACAAAUACUCGGUUGGAGCUGAAAAUUUUUCUUGGCCCUCCCAUUCUUUUCAUAAAUCAAGGUCACGGAAAUUACAUCACGUAUCUUGCGGACGGAGUUCAGUGGAAGCGUUGUCAAGUUCUCGAGGAGCCCAAAAAUGCCAGAGACCUUAUUCUACAUUCAGUACUUCAUGGUUGCAAGCCGUGUCUCCCAGACCAUCCACAGAGAAAGUGCUCCCGCUGUGGAUUGGUAAGUCGAGCAGAUCACUAAAAUGGCCAGGAAGUUGCACGAGGAGAUCGAAACUUAAAAAUGUUAUCCAAGCCUCGAAUAUGGAGGUCGCAACAUCAGCUGAAGAGGGCAUUGCCACGGCAGAAUCUAACGAAUUGAGGGCAGAGCUCAGAAUGCUUCUUGACUUGGUGCCCCAUCAUCUACGAGAUAGACUACAAGACCAUGAAGAGAUUGAGCAGCUCGUGGAGAUUGUUCUGGAUCUGGGAAGGAAGCCCAUGGCUCGAUUUCCAUCCGGAGACUGGUUCAUAUCACAGGAUACUGUCACCUCAGCUGACCUAGAGCAUGCUGUCUCACUGGUUGGAGAAUUUGCAGAUGACAAUCGAGCUGGAAUGGACAGAACUCUCCACCGAAUCAGUGCCAUCAGAAACCGAGCAGGGCGCAUAGUAGGUUUGACUUGCCGAGUUGGGCGUGCAAUAUCGGGCUGUGCAGAGAUGGUUCGUGACUUGGUAGCUGGUGGUGGAUCCUUGUUGCUGAUGGGGCCACCAGGAGUUGGAAAGACCACUGCCAUCAGAGAGGUUGCGAGGAUGCUAGCCAAUGAGUAUCAAAGGAGGGUUGUGAUAGUUGACACGUCGAAUGAAAUAGCGGGAGAUGGAGACAUUCCCCAUGUCGGAAUUGGGCGUGCUCGCAGAAUGCAAGUACCUCGAGUCGAACUGCAGCACAAGGUCAUGAUAGAAGCGGUUGAGAAUCAUAUGCCUCAGACAAUAGUUAUCGAUGAGAUCGGGACGGAACUGGAGGCCUUAGCCGCUGGAACCAUCGCACAGAGGGGAGUUCAGCUUGUAGGAACUGCACAUGGCAUGACUGUGGAGAACCUAGUCAAGAACCCUUCUCUGCAAAUACUAGCUGGAGGCAUCCAGAGUGUGACACUUGGAGAUGAAGAGGCCAGGAGGAGAAACGUACAGAAGAGCGUUCUGGAGCGCAAGGGCCCACCAACCUUCACAGCUGCAGUGGAGAUGGUGUCUCGUAACGAGUGGAAGGUCCACAAAAGCCUAGCUGCAACUGUCGAUUACCUUCUCGCAGGUCGGCCACCUAAAGUCGAGUAUCGUAAGAUGAACAGUGAAGGAAAGCUCAUCAUAGGAAACAAAGAGGCGGAGAGUACAUCAGGAGUGAGAAGCCCGGGCUCGCAAUUUGCAGCGGAGAGUGUAACUGACGACGAAAGUGACGAAGACGACUAUGACUCUGAUGACGACGAAGCAGAAUCUCCUAUCAAGGGUCGGCAAGCUUGGGACAGUGUAGAUACACCCCUGUAUCUUUAUACUUACCAGGUCACAGAGGCUUCUUUGGAGCAAGUGAUGGAAGUGAUGGGGCUGGAGAACUCCGUUCAAAUCACCAAUGACAUUGGGGCUGCUGAUGUUGUCCUGGCCUUGCGUUCGAAGCUGAAACAAAAUGCUUGGGUUCGAGGUAUGGCCAAGUAUCGACAGCUUCCGGUGUUCGCUAUUAAGGCAAACACAAUGGCCCAAAUGGUAAGGGCCAUGAGGGCAAUUUUAGGAAUGGAGUCCUUGGCCGCAAAUACGCUGGUAACAUCCAACCGACUGGAAGCUAGAAAUAGAAUUGAGGAGCAAGGAGGGCUGCAAAGUGCAACUCGCAAGGCUACAUCGGAGGAUGAAAUUGAUGCUCUAGAGGAGGCAAGGUUGGCAAUCGAGCAGCUGGUCAUCCCGAAGGGUCAGCCAGUUGAGCUACUCCCUAGGACGCCUGAUAUCAUUGCUCUGCAAAUAAAACUAGUAGAAGGUUAUCAGCUAGCCACGGAGAAAGCUGGCACAGAAUUCAAUGUACGCCUGCGCAUUCUGCCGAGGGUAACUGAAGGGGGUAUGUAUGAAGGUGGUAAGAGAGAUGAUUGGGAUGAGGAGGCCAAUCUCGAUGGGGGCAAAAGUGUUGUCCGUCUACCAAUCCUUCCGGACUAGGUAGCAGCCGCUGUACAUUAUCACUCAGUUGUAUCCAUAAGGUAAUUUAUCUGCAGAAAGGCAGCGUGAUCUACAAUGUAUGCUCGUUUGCAAGCAAGCGCUUUUCUGACAUCAUCCUAAUAAAGGAGAGAUUCUU